AGGCAAUGAUGUCAUUGUAAAAAACGAAGGAAACUCUGCAAUCAGAAGGAGCGGACAUCGAGGUUGAGGGAAGGACCCACAUUUGAGAUCCCGUCUUUUGCGCGAGCCUUGAGGACCGACUGGAUGCGUGUGGAGUAAAACAGCGGCUGGGGUGAAGCCCCUGUUUUCGAUAAUUGUGACCAUGGAGGAUUACGAUUACCUCUUCAAAAUAGUGCUGAUAGGAAAUGCAGGAGUGGGAAAAACCUGCCUCGUCCGCCGUUUCACUCAGGGUCUAUUCCCACCUGGUCAAGGUGCCACAAUCGGGGUUGAUUUUAUGAUCAAAACUGUGGAAAUUAAAGGGGUGAAAGUGAAGCUCCAGAUCUGGGACACAGCAGGACAGGAGAGAUUUCGCUCCAUCACACAGAGUUACUACCGUAGUGCCAAUGCACUUAUCCUCACCUACGACAUUACCUGUGAGGACUCGUUCCGCUGCCUUCCGGAGUGGCUGCGGGAGAUAGAGCAGUACGCCAACAAUCAAGUAGUGACCAUCUUAGUAGGAAAUAAGAUCGACCUGGCUGAAAAGCGGGAGGUGCACAGACAGAGAGCGGAGGAGUUUGCUGAGGCCCACAGCAUGCUCUACCUGGAGACGUCCGCCAAAGAAUCUGACAACGUGGAAAAACUCUUCCUGGAUUUGGCCUGCGUACUCAUCCGUGAAGCCAAGCAAAACACGCUGGACAACAAUGAGUCUGCGCCUAUGCCUGGAGAAGGCAAGAACAUCAAUUACCUAAGCUGCUGCAAUAUUAACUAGGGAUCUUGGCUGCUAAUCUGGGCAAUGGGUACUUUCCUACCCAGUGGAGUGCAAAAAUUGUGAUUUGAUGUCCCCUGCGUGCGUAGCUUCCUCUUUGCCACUCUACUGAGGUCUUGGAUGCUUUUUAUUGCAUAUGUGAACCUGUUUUUUUUUUUUUUGUUUUUUUUUUUUAAAGCUACUGACUUUACCACUAGAAAGUCAAGAGGAAACGACUCUUUGCUGCCACCGCUGAGAAGAACCCAAGCUCCAGGUUACCAGUCCGCUGGUAUAGUUAAAAGCCAGACAAUGACUUUUAUACAAUUCAGUAAAACACUAAAGAUGCGUAGGCCAAUUUACCUACUAUAUAAAUGAUAUGAGCAAAGAACUCACAUCUCCACCAGCAGGAGUCUUGCUGUUUAAAUUGUAGAAAAUGUGAACCUAACACAUCAAAUACGCAAAAAGUGCAUUGUACUGCAUCAUUAUUUCCCUGAUGCAAGUUAAAAAUGCACUUCUAUAAUGUUGCUGAUAAGAAUUUAAAUGUAGGAUUUUAAGUCUAAUGUGUGGCUGGAAAUUUUAGAAAAUCUUAGACAGAGUCUUAAACAAUAGAAUGAGAGAAGAUAUGUAUAUUACCAGUAUAAUAUAAAAUUUUUUCCUAAAGGUAAUUCCCUAAUUAUUGCUUAAAGACAUUAUUUUCUUUUAGGCUGUUUUCAGAUUGUUUUUGAGUAAAUUCUGUAAAGAGAUUUACACUAAUUUAAAUGCAUACCAGUAGAUUUUUUGCAGGCAUCAGGUAAAUUGUAUAGGCGCCUUUUGUUGAACUCAGCAAAUUUCAGGUUGAUUGUAAUUCAAUGCAUAUUACAAAGCACUUUGGUGCUUUUCCAAUGCACUUAAAUUCUUGAACUGUAAACAAAUUGAAUGAGGCCAUACAUCCCAUUAAUGGAAAUCUUUUACAUACAAACCUUUCCCCUGAAAUACAUUGUGGUUCAUAUAUAAUUAGUUAUAGAUUUAUUUUAGGUGUAUACUUUAGUACUUUGGGUAUGAAAUGAAACAAUGACAAUGUACACACUGUCGGCUUUGUGAAACAUUAUUAACAUACUUUUAUUCCGUCCCAUUGUCUGUACAAGGGGGUCAAAAUUAACAGAACAUUUUCCAGUCUGCUCAGCUGGUAUAUGGUAACCUGUGAGCUGUUGUAUUGUUAGCAUAUGGACAAUAAUUAUUUUUCUGGUUUCUCAAAAAAAGAUUUAGCUGUGGUCAUUAAUCUCAGAAAAGACAAAAUAAAAAAAAGAAAAUUGAUGUAAAUUAAAUCAUCACGAGGCAAAAAAAAAGAGCAAUGACCAAAAAAAAAAAAAAAUUAAACUGUUGUGCAUAUGGUUGAAAAGCAUGUUGGAUGGGAUGGAUUAAAAAUGGUGGGCAUGGUGAAAUGUGGUGGUGGUAGUGUCCUGGUGGCUAGUUAUAAAACUCUCCUGUUUAUCUGUAUUUAAGACGUAACUGCAAUGACAGUAUUAACAUACUCAGGGCCAAACAUAUAGCAAAAUGCUAUUGAACCUUGCCACUGCUUGCAGCAACGCAAUGACACCAGAUGUACUGUAAAUGCAUAUAUAAACCUUUUCAUGGCUCAAAAUUGAAAUGUCAGUCAAUGACUCCGCUUCCCCUAAUAAUAUAUUUAAUUUAUGCAAAAAAAUCCCAUUCAGAAGCAGGAAGAGAAAUUAGCUGUUAAACUUAAGUGUUACAAAGGAAUGUCCCAGCAGAUGUUGUUUGUAUUUGAUGCUUUGUCACUUUUCUUCUUUGUGACUUCAGGCAGUCAUUAGCUGCAGGAUUUCCUAAAGCCAAGUGUGUUUAUGAUCAUGUUAAUUUGUCCAAAUUUAUUAUGGCGUAUCAAAUGGCCUAUAAAUAUAGUGAUGUAUACACCUUAUGCUACAGGCCAUGAAUACACAUUCUUAAUACAGUAAAGUCUUUAAUGUAGUGUAAUGUCCAAGAAACAAUCUAGUCUAGUCUAAUCUAAAAUAAUUUGCAUAGAACAGGCAGUCCUCAUCAACAUCACCUGUUUUUGUCUGUGUUGCAGACUUUUCACAAAGCAAAAGAUAUAAUGAGUAUCAAUUAUAUUGUUAGGCUGCAUUAAAUGCACAAACACAAGAAGUCCAUAUUAAUAGUUGUUACAACAGAAUCAAAAGCAUUAGUGCAAUUCUAUUGACUAACUUUUGAUUUAUCCUGUGGCUGCAUUACUUUUUAGGAUUUGAUUUUAGAAAAUUAUACAGCAUUUUUUGACUAAUCAGCAGACCUGUGGUAUAAAUUACAAUAUUGUUUUCAAACCUGAUUUUAAGGUCAUAGUAACUGUUUCAUCACAAAUCCAAUGUGCUGGACUGAAAGGACAUUAUUAAACAGACACUUUUGGCUGGUGUAUGUAACAGGAGAAAAAAACCUAGUAAAAUAUGAAUACAAGCUUCUCACUACAAUAUGUUUAUUAAUAACACAUUAGCAUUUUGUCUUGUGAAACCUCCUUGGUAUGUCCUUGUACUCACGUUGACAUACAGCAAUUAUACACACAUAUACAUUACUAUAUAAUCAAAUGGGAAACUUCGUUUAUUUAGUGAAGCUUUGGUGCUGUAACUUACUGUUUUGAAGCUUUUGACAUGGGAGUGGGUGUUACAUUCAGUUAUUUUCAGCACUUGUAUUAAAAUGUCUGCACAAUCAAUCUUGGUAUUUGACCACAUGAUACUGCAGGAUUAUGUCCACGCUAAUACGUGAUGUUAUAAAGUAUGACUUGUUCCCUGUGUUUUUUAAGGUGUGUUUGUGCAUCUCGAUUUGGGUUUGAAACAGUUUAAAGUGUACCUUAUUGUUGUCUUGAUUGUUGAUUGUUAUUCUUUGGGCACCUUUAUUGUAACUGUGAAUCUCUGACAAAAUUUCAGUGUUUUACUCAGCUGCUAAAACAUUAAUUUCACCACAAUUAUUUUGAUUCAUUUUUCGUAGUAAAAUGCUUAGGUUUUUAGAAAGCCUGGUUUCUUUUGCCCUGUACUGAUGAUUUAUCAAUUCAGUUUAUUCUAUCUCAUUUCUUCACACAAUCUCCCAAAUUCAGAGAUGACAUAGGAUCGACUUAAAUCAUCUUUUAUGUGUAAUUGAAGUUCAUGGUUAUUUCCAUGUCUGCAUCCUAGCUCUAGUUUUGAAUUAGACCUAGUUUGAGCUUAUAUUCAUUCUGUUUUAUCUGUUUACCUCUUCUUGUUAUAUUUUCUAUUGACACUUUUCAAAUGCUAACCUUUUCUAAUUCUGUAUAUACACUAUUUUUUAAGUUUUAUGUCUUGCUAUGUACAAUAAUGCUUUUUGUCCAGCUUUAUUUUACAAGAAUGUGCCAUGUUUUGUGUUGUACCUCGGUGGGAUAAGUUUUGUUAUGUUUUUAAGCACUAAGCUCCAUUAUUCGUAUUAUUAGUAUUUUACAGUUUUCUAAUUAGCAUUUUUUAUGGAAUAUUUUAUCACUUAAAAUGUACUGUAUGUCAGAAAUUGUCCUUUACAUUUUAAGAACCUGAUAGCAUUCUUUGAGAGGAUUAUUUGUUUCACCACAGUGUUUAGCCGUUCAUGUUUAUUUAAAAAGUAAUAAUGAUAGAAAACCUGGUGUCAUAUAUUGAUUAGGGAAAAAUCUAAAUUUUAAGUUUCAUUUGUUUUAUUUCAGAAUUUACUUUGUACAGUUUUGGUAACUUUUGCUUGUUGUUGUUACUUUUCACACUGCAGGUAAAUAUAAAAACCAACCCCCCCGAAUUAAAUAUAAACUUGACACUA